AUGAACAAGCUCCAGGCCCACGAAGAAUUCAAUGCACGGGUUGUCUUUAUCAGAGAAGCCAAAAUGGCUAACUUUGGGGAUGAAAAUGUAAGGCAGCUAAUGCCUUCGCUGCGUGAUGAAAAAAUUGAUAUGAUUGCGGCCACCAGCGUUUUGCAAAUCCGAGCUAGUGAAAUUCGCCAGACGCAGAUAAACUGGCAGUCGUAUCUGCAAUCACAGAUGAUCACGCAACGUGACCAUGAUUUCAUCGUAAAUUUGGAUCAGCGCGGCCAGAAAGACCUUCCGGAUAAGAAUCCAGAUGCUUGUGCUGAUGUGUUUUUGAACUUGCUUACUCAUAUUAGCAAGGAUCAUACCAUCCAGUACUUGCUGGUUUUGAUUGAUGACAUCCUUUCAGAAGACAAGGCUAGAGUAAAAAUCUUUCGUGAAGCGAAGUCUGGCAAUGUAUGGCAGCCAUUCCUGAACCUUCUGAAUCGUCAGGAUGAAUUUGUACACCAUAUGACUUCCCGCAUUAUUGCCAAGCUGGCCUGCUGGCACCCUAAUCUGAUGGAAAAAAGUGAUUUGCACUUUUAUCUCUCCUGGCUCAAGGACCAACUUAAAACUAAUGCGGAGGAAAUGUCUGCCGAGUUAGAGCAUGCUGAGCAGGUUAUGUUGCUGCACGAGAAACAGAAUUUCGCGGCCGAUAAACAGCCAAAACAUCAUCAUCAUCAGAAGGAAAAAGAGCCUACUGACUCAUCGCAGGAGAAGUACUCAAGCCUUUACAGCUCUUUUGAUGAGCUGAAACCGCUUGGUGACUUGCCUCCCGGUCUGCACAAGAACAACGACUACAUCCAGUCGGUGGCUCGCUGCCUACAAAUGAUGCUCCGUGUCGAUGAAUACCGCUUCGCUUUCCUGUCUGUUGAUGGCAUUUCGACCCUACUGUCUAUUUUGGCCUCCAGGGUCAAUUUCCAGGUGCAAUACCAGCUGGUAUUUUGUCUGUGGGUGUUGACAUUUAACCCACUGCUGGCUGAAAAGAUGAACAAGUUCAAUGCCAUCCCUAUUCUGGCUGACAUCCUGAGUGAUUCCGUAAAGGAGAAGGUUACCCGCAUUGUGCUCGCUGUCUUCCGAAACCUGAUUGAGAAGCCUGAAGACCAACAGGUUGCUAAAGAGCACUGCAUUGCUAUGGUCCAGUGCAAGGUCCUGAAGCAGCUGUAUAUUUUGGAGCAGAAGCGUUCUGAUGAUGAAGAUAUUAUGAAUGACGUGGAGUUCCUAAACGAGCGUCUCCAGACUUCCGUUCAGGACCUUAGCUCGUUUGACCAAUACGCCACCGAAGUUAAGAGUGGCCGUUUGGAGUGGUCUCCUGUGCACAAGUCAGCGAAGUUCUGGCGCGAGAACGCGGUGCGCCUAAAUGAGCGCGGCCAGGAGCUGCUGCGGACCCUCGUGCACUUGCUAGAGAAGAGCCGUGACCCCGUUGUGCUGGCUGUCGCCUGCUACGACGUCGGCGAGUACGUGCGCCACUAUCCCCGCGGCAAACACAUCAUCGAACAACUGGGCGGUAAGCAGCGCGUUAUGUACCUACUGAGCCACGAAGACCCCAACGUGCGAUACGAGGCACUAUUAGCCGUACAAAAACUCAUGGUUCACAACUGGGAAUACCUGGGCAAGCAGUUGGAGAAGGAACAAAUUGACAAGCAGGCAGGCACCGUCGUAGGAGCUAAGGCCUAA